UGUCAACUUUUUAAUAAAAAAAGAAAAUUUGGACAAAAAUCAGCGUGAGAUUUUAAAAUACCAAUUUGAGGAGUUUGUAUUUUAUUCUAGAUGCAGUAGAGACCUGCAGAAGCUUUUUGCUUAGGGGAAAUGACAUAGAACUGUAAUUAAAAAUAUCAGUUUUGCCACUAUUUGGAGAAUGGGCUGGAGUAGGCAAGACUUGAGGCAGUAUGACCAAUUACAAAGUUAUUGUAGUAGUCUGAAAGAGAUGAUAAGGAUCUGAACUAGGACAGUGACUGUGAGACUAGACAGCAGAUGAUACAGUCAAGAGAUGUUAGCUAAAAUGUGGAUUUUGGAUUUUCCAGGAAGAUCUUUUGGCCCUUCCGGAGAACUCCUGAGUCAUGCCUAGCCUGACCCUCUGGAUCUGCUGCAGAGACAGCCCUGCUCUGGAGAGUUUCUCAAAGACUAUCCAGGAAAGUUAGACUCAAGCAUAGGCCGCCAGCAAAGACCUAGCCAUCCAACUAUUAAUAUAUUUUCUGAUCUUCCAGAGAAACCAGCUCUCUGACCUUCCAAAGUAUGGAUCACCUCACCUUUAGACUCCCAUCCAUCAUGAAACUUAUGCUCUGGUGUUUCCUUUUGACUUCCCAUAGCUUGGCAGCUCCAGGAAAGCAUAGCUACCAUGCUCCUGCUGAAGACCGCCUCUUCAAACACCUCUUUAAGGGUUACAAUCGCUGGUCCCGCCCAGUUCGGAACACUUCUGAUGUGGUGAUCAUCCGCUUUGGGCUCUCCAUUGCCCAGCUUAUUGAUGUGGAUGAGAAGAAUCAGAUGAUGACGACCAAUGUCUGGCUGAAACAGGAGUGGAGUGAUUACAAGCUGCGCUGGAACCCAACUGAUUAUGGCAACAUCACAUCGAUCCGGGUCCCUUCGGAGAUGAUCUGGAUUCCUGACAUUGUUCUCUACAACAAUGCUGAUGGGGAGUUUGCAGUGACUCACAUGACUAAGGCUCACCUGUUCUUCACAGGCACAGUGAAGUGGGCACCCCCAGCAAUCUAUAAGAGCUCCUGCAGCAUUGAUGUGACUUUCUUCCCCUUUGACCAGCAGAAUUGCAAGAUGAAGUUUGGCUCCUGGACCUAUGACAAGGCCAAGAUUGACCUUGAACAGAUGGAACAGAUGGUAGAUCUGAAGGACUACUGGGAGAGUGGGGAGUGGGCCAUCAUCAAUGCCGUGGGCACCUACAACACUAAGAAGUAUGAUUGCUGUGUCGAGAUCUACCCUGACAUCACCUAUUUCUUCAUUAUCCGGAGGCUGCCUCUCUUCUAUACCAUUAAUCUCAUCAUCCCUUGUCUCCUCAUCUCCUGCCUCACUGUCCUGGUGUUCUACCUGCCCUCAGACUGUGGUGAGAAGAUCACCCUCUGCAUCUCAGUCCUAUUGUCACUCACUGUAUUCUUGCUUCUCAUCACUGAAAUCAUUCCCUCCACUUCCCUGGUCAUUCCACUCAUUGGUGAAUACCUUCUCUUUACCAUGAUCUUUGUCACGCUCUCUAUCGUCAUCACAGUCUUUGUCCUCAACGUCCACCACCGCUCUCCAGGAACUCACAUCAUGCCCCAUUGGGUGAGGGUUGCCUUUCUGGGCUGUAUACCCCGAUGGCUUUGGAUGAAUCGGCCCCCUCCUGUCCUGGAGCCCCAUCAGCACCCUGGCCAAAAGCUCAGUACCACUCAUUGGUUGGAGACUAAUAUAGAUGAGGAGGAGAAAGAGGGUGGAGAGGAGGAAGAAAGCUGGGAAUUUUCUAGCCAUUCAUCACCAGUAAUAGAUACUCUCUCUUGUCACUGUGGCCAUCACCAUGGCCCCCCAUGUUCCAAGGCAGGGACUCAGUUACCAGAGCCUGGAUUCCUUCUGCCCCAAAGCAUCGAAAAAGCCCUGGAAGGUGUGCACUAUAUUGCUGAUCAUCUAAGGACUGAAGAUGCUGAUUUUUCGGUGAAGGAAGACUGGAAGUAUGUUGCCAUGGUGAUUGACCGGAUAUUCCUCUGAAUGUUCAUUAUUGUCUGCUUCCUUGGGACCAUUGGCCUCUUUCUUCCUCCACUUGUAGCUGGCAUGAUCUAAAAGCACAAAUCCUGAUCCAAGGGUGACAUUUCUGAGGCCUGGUAGCUUCUCUGGAGAUCUACAACUAUAUUUGCAUUUUUAUUAAGACAUUGGGGAAAACAGGAGGUAUUAAUUCAGCCAAUCAUUUGAGAGUUGGUAUAAUGAGGACAUUGUGGAAUUAUUAAACUAAACCAUGCUAGGACUUAUCUGCCAUGAAACUAUUGGUUGUUAUAUUGAUCAAAUAUUGAAUACUUAUUGCAAACAAAGCAUUAUCCUAGGUAUCAGUGGGAACAUAAAAAAAAAGUAAUCCCUGCUCUCCAGGAAUUUAUACUCUAGUGGAGGAGAAACAAUAUACAAGAAACAGUUAAGAUACAAAGGAGUUGAUUGGAUUGAGAAUGAGAUCAACUUCAAGUUCUAUGGCAAUGAAAGGGGUGGGAGACUGUAAAUAUAAACUAGGAGGAGAAGACAAAAGUUUUAAAAAUAGAGAUGUUUUGGGCAAGUAGAAGGGAAUUCUAGGACUAUUGGUGUGAGGGAAAAUAGAAAUGAACUGAGAUUCAUUGUGGGAACAAGCAUGGACUAUAGGAUGAUAGAUUUAGACUUACCUGGUACAUUUUCAUGUUAUACAUGAAGAAACUGAGUCCUACAGAGGUUGUGACCUGUCCAAGGUCAUACAGAUAUUAAGUUGCCAAGUCAAGGUUUGAAUCCAGGCCUCCACUGAACUACUCUGGUCAGUGAGGAAAUUGAUUGUCAUUGCUGGAAUAGGGAUGAAUGUAGGGAAAAGCACCACUGGAAAGGUAGUUUGGGGAUUCAUAAUAGAGGAGCCUGAAUAUCAUUUGGAGAUAUGUGGACUUUAUCCUAUAAACAGUGUGUAAACAUUGGAGGUGAUUGAACAAAUAAGUGAUGUGGAAAAAUUGGUGUUUUAAGAAGCUUUUCUAGUGGAAAGGCAACUUUGAAACCAGAAUAACUUGAGAUCUUGUCCAGUGCUCAAAAUGUCGCUAUGUGAGAGACUAUGGGGCAAAUCAAUUAAAUUCUCAACUCUCCAGUUGACUCUCUUAAGAUUUUAAGUUUCCAAUCGUCAUUUCAAUUUAGACUCUUGGAAAGCUGCCAAGAAUGUCCAUUCUAGCUUCUGAAGUCCUCAUUGAUACCAUUCAUAUUUGAUUUCUUUUCUGGUUUGUGAAUAAAGGAUCUAAAAGGUCUAACUCUCAAGCCAAUGUUGAUGCCAUUUUCAUCUGAUGUAUCUUUAUAAAUUAUCAUCCAAACAUUACCAUCUUGGUAAAGCAUUUUCAUUCCUUCCAAUUGUUAUUUGAUGACAUAUACUCACUCCUGUUUCCUGCCCUUGGUCCUGCAGCAAUGAAUCCCAAUGGAAUUAACACUGAUAUCAGGGUUAAAGUCACCCAUCCUCAUCAAAUGUUUCAGGACCUAAGGCCAAGAACACCUUAACAACCCUGUGUCCAAUUCAUUGCCUCCUACCCAGGAUCACGACCUGCUCUCUGAUUCUCUUUCUGAAGAGAAGAGAGGAAUACUGAAUAUUCAAACCAAUUCAUUUCUUCCAGGGUCACAGUUCAAUAGCAAUAGAAAUGUCAUAGAACAAGGUGGGGGCGGGGCAAAGAAGAGAAAUCAAUCCAACCACAAAACAAAUGGUACAUUUUUAAUUCAACCACAAAUCAAAUAGAAAGAAGAUGGUAGAGUGUUUUAUGUAAACAACCAAAAAAUAAAGGAAGGGAGGGAGAGGAGAAGAGAGGAAAAGAAAAGGAGGAGUGGAGAGAAGAAAGGUAGAGAAAAGAA